AUGGACGAUCACGGCGCAAAUGUCUACGAUCAUUUCUAUCGUUGUCUUACUGUCCAGCAUGUUCUACAGCAUAUCAGAAGAAACGCCGUCACGAACGCGUACAUCAGCCGCAGUGAGCAGAAGACCAGAGAACCGCAUCUCAAGAAGGAGGAGAACCUUUGGCAUAUAUUUCUUGACAGUCUGAGCAUUCUGUGUGAUCACAAGACUGGCGGUGAGACCGUUACAUCAAUUGCAGCGGAACUUGACCAUGCAAAGAAGGGCAAGACGACCUUUUGGAUUCUCAUGAAUCGGCAACAAUUGGAGAGCAAGUCGACGCUUCGCACCAGUGACCACCUCAAAAAUCUCAUGAAAAGGCUUCAUCUGUCUGCAUGUGCCGUGCAAGCAGAUGAGCCAUCGAUGUUCAAAUCAUUCCACGACUCAGUCUUCAAAGCCAAGGACAGAGUGAACAAUUAUCGGAAGAAGCUCCAGGGUCGGAUUGAGGCACUCGAACGACGGAGGACUGAGCUGUCGUAUGAAGAAAACCUUCUUGUCGGGGCAAUCAUUACUCUUAUCGAUGAGAACAAAACUGUGGAGACUCUUUGCAAGAAAGCCUACGACUUCAGAUCGACUGGUUUGAUGCGGAAGCUUGUGAAAAGGGCGCGGAAGGACCCGACCGACGAGUGGAAGCACAUCGGUCAUUUCAUCGGCCGCCUAGGAGCUUGGUUCAAAGCAUGUCUCUUUCUAUUUGAACAUGCUUCCGAUUUUCUUGACAUUCUGUCGAAUUAUGAGGUGCAACUGGUCCCGAGCGAAGACUGUACGAGGUUUACUUCUCCGCAACCGAUGUGGGAUCUGGAGCGCUUGCUAUCAAAAACACUCCCGACUCACUUCGAUGUCUCGAAGGCUCGGCUGGAGCAUCUGUUCGGUCAAGACGCUUGGGAAGUCGCCAAUUCACGAUUAGAGGAGUGCGAGGCAACCGAUUGGCGGCUGAAAACGCACGCAGAAGCUUCUAUGGCCUAUUUCUUCUUUAUUGAAGAUCCACAAUUUGUGAAUGACGACCGGUACAUCGGUUGUAGCAAGCCAUCGUGUAUGUGCUGUGAGCUCUAUCUGGAGGCUUUGUCCGGGAAUUUUGUACAGCGGCCACGUUCUGGUAACGCCUGGAUCCAAUGGCGUCUUCCAGGCCCGUCGCUCUCCGCCUCCGCUUCGGCAAUCGCAACCAUGCAGCGAAUGGCGGAUAGACUGCAGCGGGCCAUCGAGAUUGAGCUGAUCUCCGCGUCAAAAGGUCAAGUGUUCACGCACGACUCGAGCACCAAUAUCUCAAGUGUUCUGGGACGUUCAAGCAUGCAUAAUCAGUGA